GAAAAUGUUAUGGAGGAUACAAAAUCAAGCUUAAAUCUCAACUUGAAUUAUGAACAAGUACUUGAAGCUUGGUCCAAUCGAGGUUCUCUUCGAGCUCACAACCAUCAUCAUCCUUCUUUAUCCGUCUCAGAUCAUCAUUACGGUCGUUUUGUGAAGAGAAUUUCAGAUAAAAAAUUAUAAUGUAUAAAGGAGGAAAAUAUCUUCACUAUAAGAAGAUAUUUUCGCACUAUUGAACUUUUUGCUGGUGACUUUUAUUUGUUUUUGUACAAUUCUCAUCACUUUUUGCCUUUUGGUAAUUAUCAGCACUUUUUGGAAAUUUCUCCAAUACAUUUUUAUGUCUUGUGUAUGGUGGACCACAUUUGCAUCAAUCAUUCGUACAAUAUGCAUUUUUCACUUUUUACUCCCUCCUUUUUACAAGAUAUUCUUAAUUUUCUAAUCGGAAAUUCCAUAAAUGUCUCCUAUUUAUAUUUUAAGUCAUAAUUUUUUCCCAAUUAUCCAUCAAACAUAAUUGUUGUUUUUUACAUACAUUUAUUUUUCCGACUCAACCAUCUCCACAUCCAUUUUUUUUUUACUUUUUAUUAAACAAAUCUUUACUUUCUCUCGUUUCUCAUAAAAAUACAUAACAAUUAUUAUUUUUCUUGCACACAUGCAAUUUCUUAAAAAGUCUGUAAAGUAUCAAGAUGAUGAAGUGAGUUAGUCGGAUUGCAACUGAAUCUAAUGUAUUUUUUACCAAAUAAAAUAUCAUUUAAAAACGGAGGAAGUAGUUCUUAUUAUUCACAAACUCUUUUAGAAUAUAAAUAAUAACGGAAAUAUCCUCGUCCAUCAUCCAUCAUCCAUCAUGCACGAUUGCAACAAUUUUUCAAUCAUAAUAAAAAAAAUUACUCGGGUUAGUAGGUCCAUUCUUAGGCCCAUCAUUAAAUAUCUUAAAUACAAGUAUCAACAAAAGAUUUAAUGUAUGAAAAAGUAAUACGAAGUGUAUAAAUAGUGGUAAUGUCUUGUCUAAGUGGGGAUCCCAAAGGUGGGGAGUAAUUAUGGUUCUAAUCUUUCAUUUUUUUUCCUAAACCACAUAAGAUGUCAAUAUAAACAUAUGCAAUGUUAGGGUUUUGUUAAUCACAAUUGUUCAAUUUUUUUUACGUGUAAAUACAUUUUUUUUUUUUUUGGAUAAGUAAGAUACAAGUAAAAGAAAAACAAGCUAAUUAACUAUCAGGCAUAAUACCGAAUGGUGUAACGAAUUACAAUACAUCAUUUGUCGCACUUUUCACCAUAACAUGGGCAGAAUGCACUUGUUCUUCUGCCCAUGUUCUCGUUGCACCUUGUUGAUCACACAAGUCCUAAAAUCCUUACCUAUCUUGAAAAUAGCUUUCACUGUCCAACUGACAAGAAUAUUUGGCAAGAGCUGUUUCUGUAAGUAAGAAAGCAAGGUAGCCGAGUCAGUGUACACCACUAUUUCGGUCAAAGAGGAAUCCUUUGCCCAUCGAAGAGCUCACAGGCAAGUCAUUGCCUCAACAUGUAGAGCCGAUUGCCCUAAACCAUACUCACAACCCCCAAUGAUUCUUGUUUCCGAUGUGAUUAGUUGUUGAAGAACCGGUUUAGAAAUCUCGCCUAUAUACCCAACUCAUCCCUGCUCUGAAAGUGAGUUUGUUCCAUGCUCCGUCAAUAUGUAUCACCGUACCAUGGAUAUGCGAGAUUUCUAAACCUAUAAAGUUAAAACCUUAUGACAAUUGCAUCUUGUUGAUCAUGCUCCGUCAAUACAUAUUUUAAGUUAAUGAGAAUUUAUGACAUAAAAACAUAAUCAUUCAAUGAUUCUUCCUUAAAAACGUCCUUUUUUUUUUGUUGAUGUAAAGUGGGAAAACGUUUUUAUGUUGACAAUAUAGCCUUUCGAAAGUAUAUAAUCCGUGCUUCCAAAGUUCCAAGUUAGAUGGCCAUAGGAGAUGGAAAUCUUUUUAUUUUCACACCUACUCGUAUUAUUUUUUCACUGCGGGGAAUUCUUUGCAAUUGUUACUAAUCUAUCAAAUCUUUUUAGUUUUACCUCUUGUCAAAUACAAAACAUGGUUUUAGAGGCCCACUUAAUGAAUGCACAUGUUUGGCAAGAAAAAGUACCCAUCUAAAGUAAAAAGGGGAAAUAAUAUCAAAUCAUUAAUGAGAAUUGAUCACACAUGCACCAAACAAAUGAAUUGAAUCCAACAAUUGGUACACUUUCCAAAUUACUCUUAAAUCAAAAGAUAAAAGUUUUACUCCGUCUGUUUCUAAAUGAUAUUCAUGUUUUUCUAAUAGAAAUUUUUUGAUCACCUCACUCGCAUUCUUGACUUUCAUUUUCAUCCAAGACAUGAAAAGUUUAACAUUACUCACUUAAUAUUUGCGGACGACUUGCUACUUUUAUCUAGACCUUCAUAUCCCAUUUGAGCUUAUGUUUGAUUACCCUAAAAUGUUUUUUGUUUUUAUUUCAAGGGCGUGUUCGGCGGUAGCGUUUGAGGUAGCGGGUAGCAUUUUGACCUAUUCAAGACGCUACUUGUAAAAUUUAUUAGUGUUUGGUAAAGUAGCGAUUUAGGUAGCGGUUAGCGGUUGAGGUAACGAUUGGGUAGCUUUUGUCAAACGUUAAAAUUAGUAGCGUUUAAGGUAGCGGGUAGCGUUUGCCAAAUUUAUAAUAAAGUUUUAAAUAAUAUUCUUGCUUUUAUUUUUAUUUUAUAAUAUCAAUCGCUACUUUUGCCUAACACUCAUAUUAGUUACCCGCUACUUUGACAGUUAACCGUUACCCGCUACUAUUCACAGCUACUCGCUAUUUCAACCGCUACCCGCUACUCAACCGCUACCCGCUACUCAACCGCUAAACGCUAUCCGCUACCGUUAAUUUUGCCGAACAGAGCCUAAACCAUAAUUUUAUCAUUUUCCAAAAAUCAUUAUUGCUAGCUUAUUAUUUACUCCCUCCGUCCCGGAAUACUUGACAUGUUUUCCUUAUCGGGCCGUCCCUUAAUACUUGACCUGUUUCUAAAAAUGGAAAUAUUCUAACAAUAUUAUAUCAUUUCUCACUUCACCCCUAUUAACCCACCCACCCCCUACUCCAUACAAAAAAUAAUUAAAAAUUCAACCCCUACUCUCCCCCAACCCCACCUCUUAACCCACCUCCCACUAACUACAUUAAAAUAAUACCCCACUAUCAACUACUACCUAUUAAAUUAAAUAAGUCAAUUCAAAUUCCUUAAACUCUGUGCCGGUCAAACCGGGUCGAGUAUUCCGGGACGGAGGGAGUACACACAAUUACUUUUUCCUACAUAUCCCUAAUUGCUAUACCCAGGUACAGCCAAGAUGGUUGUACCCCCUGCCCAAAACGACGCGCAGCGUCGUUUGGGUAAAAUACCCAGGUACAGCCAACUUGGCUGUACCCCCUGCCAUUGUUAAGCGCGUGGAACCCACGCGCGGGUAAGCAAAUAUUGUGGCACGUGAUGGGAAUAAAUUUCGCGCAAGAAUCGCCUAUAAAUACAAAAAAAAAGAGGAAAAUCAUUUCGAAAACCUUUCAAAUUCUCAGCACGCAAAAAAUUUUCUCUCUCCUCUGCCCACUCUUCUACUUCGUUGUUUUCUCUCUCUUAAAACCGCCAUUAAACUUCCUGCAACCACCUCAAUCAACUUUCUCUCUCUUCAAACCGCUACUAAUCUUCAUUAUUAAAGCUGAAUUUCCACAAAAUAUCAAGAGAAGAAAUCUGUGACUUCUUUUUACUGAAAAAAAAGAGAAAAAUGGAUGUUCGUGACGAAAUUGACAUGAACAAGCUUCAAAAUCCACCGAAAAGCAAAAAAAAAACGAAGAUGCCGAAAGAAAAAAAGGAAACGACUGGAAGAUCUAGUGAAGAGCAAAAAAUCGGGAAUGCAAAGCAACCAGACAUGAAGGAAACUGGAAAAUACGAAAUUGAGAAGGAAAUUGAAGCUGAAAAGCAAAUAGACACAUUCCAAGAACAACCACAAAGGUUAAUACUCAAAUUUAAGCGAAGACCAACUAAAUCCCAGCCAGAGGUUCAGAAAGUAUUAAGUGAAGGAGAUGGGAAGGCAUGUACAACUUCUGAGACAGAAGUUCAAAAACCAUUGAGUGAAGGAGAUAAGAAAUCUUCAUCAAAAUCACAGCCUGAAGUUCAAAAAACAUCAAGUGAAAUAGAUCAAGAAGAGUCUUCAAAAUCUUUGGUACAAAGAAAGAUUGCUACAAAAAAUAGGGGCAACAACUUACUGAAACAACUUUUAGCAAAGAGCAUAAAGCAGAACAACAAAAAAAAGGCUGCACAAAUGGUAGCUGCAGCUGCUGCUGCUGCAAUGGCCAGCAAAGAAGCUGACGAAAGGAUAGAUAUAGCUGCCGUUGCAGCACAAAUAGAAGCUGAGAAAAUGGCACCUGCAGCUGAUGCAGAAGACAAAAGAGUAUGAAAAACCAAUAAAUCCCUAAAAUAAUCAUAAUCUCUCUUCAUCCGACCAUCACGCCAAAAGAAACUUAAAAGUCCCUCUUCUUCACUAAGCUCAAAGUCAUAAUAAAAACCUUCUUCACUGGAAUUUCUCUGAGCAAAAUACUUGAUUAACUGAUGACAGUCAUGACCUUCAAGUUUAUUAGCUUUUGCACGUGAUAAAGCAUUAUAAGCAUCACUAGCUGUAAAACCGACCAUAGGUGAUCCGCCUACUUCUUUCCUCAAAACCCUCAAGGUAUCAGACACUUUAACACCACUAGCUUUUAAAGUAGACAUAAAGUAAAGAGCCUCCUUACUAACCUUCCUUUGUGAUCUUAUCAAAUGCCUCUUAUUUAGAGGAACCAUAACAUGAUUAUGAAUCAUAUUAUGAUUCACAACCGUCCAUACACCAUCUUUACCAAUAGAAAACUGAACAAAAGCAGUACACCCAGUACGCGUAUCCAAUCUAGCAUAAGACCUUGUUCUCUUCCUUUUUUCAUCUUUAACCCCUUCGCAGCUACACAAGAACCGUUUCAUAGUAUAAAAUUCACUGUUUUGACGCUUCCGACCUUUCCCAACCCUAAUACCAAAACCUUUACUAAAAGCAUAUUCAUUAUACAAAUCAUAAGCUUCGUCUUCAUUUUUAACUUCCUUCAUCAUUAACAUAGAUUCUGACCCUUCAACAAAAAGACUUACUUCCUUAUUCACUGCGAAAGGAAGAAAUGUUCAAUGUUAAACUAGUGAUUGUUCAAUGUUAAAAUAGUGAAUGAUCAAUUUCAAUAAUAACUAACAAUGGAAAAUUGAAAUGUUCAAUAUCCUUAAAUAAAAUAUUCAAUAUUAAAAUAGUAAUGUUAAAAAUAGAAUGUCCAUUCCUUAAUUAGGUGUUGUUCAAUGUACUUAAAUAAAAUGGUAAUUACGAACAUAGGUAAUAUUCAAAAUCAUUAAAUAAAAUGUUCAUUAUAAAUUAUAAAUAAUGAUAAAAUACUUGAAUUAAAUGUUCAUUGUAACAUAGGUAAUGAUCAAUAACUCUUAAUAGAAAGUUCAAUAUAAUACAAUACAAUGUUCAUUAUCUAAAUAAAAAAUAUUCAUUAUAUUUCAAUGCAAUGUUCAUUACUAAUAUACGUAACAUUCAAAGUCAUUCAAUAAAAUGUUCAUUAUUGUUGUAGACAAUGUUCAAUUUCCUUGAACUGAAUAUUCAUAUAUUUGUUAAGAAUGUUAUAAGUAAACAAUGACCAUUGACCAAUAUUUUCUUUUGGGACAGAACAAUUCAAAAAUUCAUAACAUAAUAUGUAUUUUAUCAAAAUAUAUAAUGUUCAUAAGAUCUGAGCUAAAAAUUCAUUAACAUUAUAUACAUUGAUAAUAAAUAAAAUUAUGAAUAAAAAUCGAACAAAAAAUAACGUACAAUUGCAAAAAAAUAAGAAAAUCUGCAGAAAACAAAAACAAAGAAACAAAUCAAAAUCGAAAUAUCCAGCGAAAACACGAAAAAUAACAAAAUUCUAAACACAUUUUAUCCAAAAUCAAAAUAUAAAAUCGAAAACAAUCAAAACCAAAAACAUUGAAAUCAAAACAAAUAAAUGAAAAUAAUAAAAAUAUAAACUUACGUUCUGACAUCAAUGUACUUAAAAUUCCAGAAUUAGAUUCGAAAAGAGCUUCAGAAUUUUCCAUAACUGCGAGCUCCAUGGAAACAGAGGAGAGAGAAAAUAGGAGAGAACAAAUCGAAAUAAACCCUAAGAACAAGAUAUAUCGCAACUUGAAGAAGAAGAAACAAAAAAAAAAGAGUUAGAAAACUUAGGAAACUCAGGAAGGGGAUAAAAGUACGCUGAACGACGUCGUUUUCGGGGGGGGGGGUACAGCCAGCGCUGGCUGUACCCGCAUCACACGACGUCGUUUGAUUAGGGGUACAGCCAGCUUGGCUGUACCCGAGGGCAGCCAAAAAAUUGCGUUUUCCUACCACCCAUCACCACGUCAACUUUUUGUACUUUUUCAUUAAACAAUAUUUUACUUUUCCUCUCUCCUCACGAAAGUACACAACAAUAAUUAUUUUUCUUACACACACAUAACCGUUCCUGACAUUUUAGGGCUAUAGGCAAAGUAAGAGUACUGAAGACUAAAAGAUUUCAAGUUCAUACAUCCAAAUUUGAGACUUAUAAAUCCAAUUUUGUGAUUUAUUUGUCAUUCAAAGAUUAAUAAAAUUGUGCAAACCAUAAGUAAAAAAUAUAAAUCCAACUUCGGAACUUAUUUGCCUUCCAAUAAUUUGAGAUAUAAAUUCCUCAAAUACGCAGUAACACAGCGUAUGAGAAACUAAAAAAGAUAAGGCAAGAAAUGACAAACAAGAAAGAUUAAAAAUUAAAAUAUAAAGAAGUACCUCAUAUAAAGGAACUAGAAUUGACUUGACUACCUUCGUCCUUUAAUACUCGCAUCGGUUUGAUCGGUGUGGAGUUUAAGAUACUUGAAUUGACUUAUUAAUUUAAUAUGAGUUAUUUUAUAGUGUGGUAUUUUUUUAACAUAGUUAAUGGGAAUGUGUAAGGGGUGGAGAGUGUGGAGUGAGGGAUGUGAAUUUUUAAAUGAUUUUUUGUUGGGAGUAGGGGUGUAGGUGGUUAGUAGGUAAGUGUGAGAAAUAAUGUAAUAUUGGUAAAAAAAUUCCAUUUAUAGAAACGGUGCAAGUAUUAAUGGACAACCCGAAAAGAAAAGUGGUGCGAGUAUUAAGGGACGGAGGGAGUACUCCGUUCGCCUCUUUUUGUUCUUUGUUUUUUUUAUGGGAAACCUAUAAAGGCUUAGAUUUCAUUAAACGAUAAGCAAAAGUCCGAGCCUAUUACAUCUUCAAUCAAACUAGGAUAGACAUCCACCCACACUCUAGUUGAGUAAUCUAUAGGACUCAAAUGAGUUACAGCAUGUGCCGCUCCAUUAGCCUCUCUAAAUACAUGAAUGAAAUUAACAAAAGCAAACAAAUUAGCUAAUUCACCAAUGUGACGGGUAAUCAAACCAAGAUAAGAGUUGUCAUGUUCUGUAAUACCCCGAAUUUUUAAAACUCGAUUAAUUAUGAUUAAUUAUUUUUAUUUAGCUUAAAAUCGUUUUAAAUUUUAAUUUCGAACUUUAUUUUAAUUAACGAAAUUUUAUUUCAUUUGAUUGUUUUUAAUAUUGUUGAACGAUUUUAUUUUAUUUUAUUUUCAUAUUUUAUAAUUUAAUUUCAUAUUUACGAGCUUAACAACCUUUUUAAAGCUUAAUUAUUUUCGGAUUUUUAAUCAUUUCGAAAUGUUCUUAUUAUAUUCGAAAACUAAAUUUAUUUUUCGUUAACGAUAUUUUUAUAAAGAAUUAUUUCGAAAAUUAGUUUUAAUUAAACAUUUUUAUUCCAAUUAAUUUCCUAAAAAUAGAAAUCAAUUUUCUGAAUUUUGCCUAACUAAAGUGAAAUGACUAGAAUGCCCUAAAGAGAAAAACUUCAUUUUUUUUCUUCUCUUUCUUUGCUCUUCACGUGUACCAGGAAGAAGGAAGCAAUUCCUUCUUUCCUCUCUUUCCCUCAAUUCAGUCCUCAUUCACUUGCUUAUCCCCAAGUAUUUCAGCUUCUCCUUCACUCAACUUAUCGUUAUAAACCACUAGAGAAAAAACCUCAAGUGCGAGCUCAUUUUAAGGGGUUUAGUGCGGGCUUUUACAUGUGCAGCACAUGGCCUGCCCGCACUUGAUGUUUCUCAAGUGCUGCCAAUAUUUUGGCAGCACUUGAUGUUUCAAGUGCUGUCAAUUUGGAAAAUGGCCCACACUUGAAAUAUUUUGUGCUGCCAAUUUUAGAAUAUGAACCCGCACUUGAUAUAUUUGGUGCUGCCAAUUUUGAAAAUGAGCCCGCACUUGACAUAUUUGGUGCUGCCAAUAUUGAAAAUGAGCCCGCACUUGACAUAUUUGGUGCUGCCAAAUUUGAAAAUGAGUCCGCACUUGACAUAGAAAUGGGCAGCACAAGCAUAAAAAUGAGCCGCACUUGGCCUAUAAAUGAGCCGCACUUGACCUAGAUUUGUUAUAUAACCGAUUUCCCUGCUACAUAUUACAAUUGGACCACGCCACUAAUUAACCUCCAUACGUCAUUUAAAAAGUAUCCAAUUAUAUAGAUAAUUUUAUAUAAUUAUAAAUAUAAAAGUCGAUUACAUUACAAUCAUAUGAAAACUAGCAUCCACAAUUUAAGAUUCAGUACAAGAAAAUAUCAAAGACAGUCACUGGUAAUGAAGUUUGCGAACAUUUCUCGAACUUCAUCUAUCUCCUCAAAGGUGAAAAGCCGCUCCCUCGUAUUAUUGAAAACCUUAAGAAGAUCGACCAUCAAAAAAUAUAUAUAUAUACUUUAGUUAUAUUAUAAAUAUUGAACCGUACAAUAAAUUAGACUUAAUUGUUCAUAACAAAGAAAUAAUGAACCGUAUAAUAAUAAGAUUGGUUAAUUUCUGUCCCGACUUUCAUCUAAUGACCUUAAAUAAAUAUUUUAAAGUCCUUCCAUGUUUAAUAAACUUAUUUUUAUGUUUCGAAUACUGAUUCUCACCCAUUUUGGUGAAGUUAUGCACAUUUAAGACUCGUUUGAUCAUUAUCGGCCACAUUUUGACUAAAAUGGCUAAUUUCGGUCCCAA